AUGUCGUCUGCCUUGUUGGACGAAGCCACGCGGAUUGCCCGCGAAUUCGAUUACCCCGCCGCGGAGGUCCAGCGCGGGGUGAAGGAAUACAUUCGCGAAAUGGACGAGGGUCUCAGACAGGAGCAUACCACCCUCAGUCAGAUUCCUACUUUCGUGACCUCGGUCCCCAAUGGCACUGAAAAGGGCCUCUACUUGGCCGUGGAUUUGGGUGGCACGAAUUUCCGCGUGUGCUCAAUCGACCUCCAUGGAGACACCACCUUCUCCCUGACGCAGUCCAAGAUCAUGAUUCCUCGGGAAUUGAUGGCCUCGGGCUCGUCCAAGGAUCUUUUCCUCUUCCUGGCCCGACAGAUCGAGGCCUUCCUGCGCAUCCACCACAACGAGCACUUCGAAGCUCACCUUCAACGUCGACGCGAAGGAAGCGGCGAGGAGGAGCUGUUCGAUCUCGGUUUCACGUUCAGUUUCCCCGUGCGUCAAAUGGGAAUCAACAAGGGUACCCUCAUUCGCUGGACGAAGGGUUUCAACAUCCCCGACGCCGUUGGCCAUGAUGUCUGCGCCUUGCUGCAAAGUGCCAUUGACGAGCUGGAGCUGCCCGUGCGCGUGGCCGCCCUGGUCAACGACACUGUGGGAACGCUGAUGGCUCGUUCGUACACCUCGCCCGGUGAAACAGGUACCUUCCUGGGUGCCAUCUUUGGCACGGGCACCAACGGUGCUUAUGUGGAGAAGCUCGACAGAAUCCCCAAGAUGGACACGAUUGAACAUUCCGAUUACGACAAGUCCACGGGGGAGAUGAUCAUCAACGCCGAAUGGGGCAGCUUUGACAACCACCUCAGCGUUUUGCCCAACACUGUGUACGACCAGCAGCUUGAUGCCGAUAGCAACAACCCCGGAAUUCAGAUGUUCGAGAAGCGUGUCUCGGGAAUGUUCCUGGGUGAGAUCCUGCGACGUGCGCUGCUUGACAUGUACAACAACAAAUCCGCGGGUCUCUUCAAGGCCAGCGAGUCCUCGGACGUUGUUGUUCCGGAGAACUCCAUGAUCUUCAGGCAGUGGGGUCUCGAUACCAGCCUCCUGAGCACGGUCGAAGCCGACAAGAGCCAGACUUUGGAGUCGACCAAGACCGCCCUGAAAGACCACUUGAAGAUUGAACGGGCCAGCACAGCCGAUUGCAAGGCCGUUCAGACCCUGGUGCAUGCCAUUGGCAAGCGCGCUGCUCGCCUUAGUGCCGUGCCUCUGGCCGCCGUCCUGAUCGCCACCGGCAAACUGCAGACGGAUGAUCUGAUCGAUGUUGGUGUCGACGGAAGUCUGGUCGAAUUCUAUCCCAACUUCGAGGGAUACAUGCGCGAUGCCCUGCGCGAGGUGCCGGAAGUUGGUUCUACUGGCGAUAAGAAGGUGCGCAUUGGUAUCUCCAAGGAUGGCAGUGGAGUUGGAGCCGCCUUGAUCGCCCUCGUGGCCAGCAAGGAGGAGGCGCGCAUGAAGAAGGCCAAAUAA